AUGUCCCUUGUUCAUGCCUAGGAGAAAGACAGUUGAUUUGUUUCUCAGCUCUUCCACUGAAGCAGCAGAAGUGCAAGCAGAAGCAGCGGAUUAGCAGUUUUGAGGUGAAAUACUUCCUCUUGGCAGUUGCUUCAAUAUAUCUGUGGAUUCUCUCUCCAUUACAAAUAGCCUGGAAUCGCGCCCUUGAAAAUAAAUAAAGUGACCAUGAUAAUCUACAUUCGAGAAACGAGCGCCAAGACAACGGCUGUCAAAGCAUCUCCAUCAGACACGGUCCGGGACCUGAGGAUUAAGAUCAUGCAAAAGGGAAUAUCUCUAAAAUUAAAGGAUCUCAUGUACUUCAACGAACAGCUAUACCUAACCAAAAAGCUCUCCGACUAUGGGAUAAAACACAACGACACCUUGUAUUUGAGAGAAGCACUUCAGGGUCUCGGUUCUUCGGGGUUUCUACUCUCCGUCGCACAGCCCUCAGGAGACGUAAUGAAGAUAGUGGUUAGUGAUCACGACUGCGUCAUCGACAUCAAGCAAGAGGUGGAGCGCGAGGGGGGCCCGGUGAUCGGCAGGCAGUUACUGAAGGUGGGGGGCGUCGAGAUGCAGAACGAGAUGAAGUUGAAAGAUUACGGCAUUACGGGAGACGCUGUCAUCUGGUUGGAGGAUGCAGACGAAAGCAAAAGGAAAUCUAAGGAGGCGCGAAAAAGAAAGAGAGUUGGAAACGAGAAACUGAAGAAGAGGUUGGCUGCUGUUGUUUUCGUGAUUAUUUUUAUCAUCAUAUUGAUAUGGGCUUACCUAGAAGGUAAAAUUCAAAUAAACCUCUGAGUUCAGCAUGUAGGAAUAUUAGAUCAGCUCAGCAUGUUACUAGCACAGACAAUAAUGUUUCUAGAUUCAGUAUUUCAUGAUUUUUUGAUAAUCUCAGAUCUCCUAAGUUUCAUACAAAUGGAGUAAUAUCAUAGUUUCUCCUAAAAUGUAGUUAUAUCAUAACCCCAGAAAAUCGCCUAGUCAUGAAUCUCUGGUUUACUUUUAUUUCUUUCUCAUAUUGAAUAUUUUGAUGUGUUCAUUUUGUAAAAUAUAUUAUUUUUUAUGUUAAAUGGAUACAUGUUUGUUUAUUAGCAUAGUUAUGUUGACAAAAAUAUCCAUUCCUUAGUCCAUUGUAGAUAAGUACUCUAAGGCAAAUAACGUCUAUAAUUAACAAACACAUUACGGUUGUAUAUACAGUUUGAUUAUUUAGGAUUCAGCACGGCCUUAACGGACUAAAUACGGCAGUAGAAAUGAAGUUUGGUCAAAAGUCCUUAUCGCCGCCUUUAGUUGUAGGUGAUAUCAGUUCAUCAAAGACAGGUAAUUACCAAAUGCUCGAGAAUAAUUGAUAAUACAAAUAAAAGCCCAUUGUAA